CUUGGCACCGCAACGAUGAUGUUCGAACCGAUACGUGGGGGGACGCGUGGAGGACAAGGAGAAUUCAAGUGGUCUGACGUCUCGGCGGACAAAGACAGAGAGAAUUAUCUUGGACAUAGUAUCAAUGCCCCUACAGGUCGCUGGCAGAAGAACAAAGACGUUCACUGGUACAGUCGCGAAAACAACGACUCAGAGGAAGCUCGAGCCGAGGAAAUCCGUCGAAUUAAGGAAACAGAGGCAGAAGCUCUCUCCUUGGCAUUGGGGUUCGCCCCAGAGAAACGGGCAAAUAACAGCGGCACCGAAGCUACGGGAUCGAACGCCAUACCUGCUCCAGGGACACAGGACGUCGAAGAACACGAGAAGCACUCGAGCAAAUCGGAGCGGAAGGAAGAGAAACGGAUGCGAAAGGAACAUCGUCGAGCGGCCCGCGAGGAACGACGCAAACAUCGAGACAGAAAUCCUAGUCGCGACCGUUCAGCUUCUCCGCGGCGCAAGCGUCACGUUGAUGCCAAUGAGCGUGCGCUUUCCGCCGUGGUUUUCACCCGAACCAAGCGCACCAAGAAAGUUGGCAUUACCGGAAAGUACGGUACCCGUUAUGGUGCUUCCCUGCGAAAGCAGGUCAAAAGGAUGGAAAUCUCCCAACACGCCCGCUAUACUUGCACUUUCUGUGGCAAGGACACCGUGAAGCGCACCGCUGUAGGGAUCUGGAACUGCAGCUCGUGCAGGAAAGUUAUCGCAGGGGGUGCUUGGACCGUCACAACUACAGCUGCAUCGACCGUUCGGAGCACUGUGCGUCGGCUGCGUGACCUCACUGAGGCAUAGAGCACGUCCCCAUGAUUUCUCCUCUCUCUCAUCCUGCUCUGCACUCUGUAUGUUCGUAUGCCAUAUGAAUCAGAACACAAAACUCGAACUGCUCUGGAAUUGGAUGGGACACGAUGGAAUGGAAAUUCUGAGCACUGUGUAUAGAACGAAUAUAGCCGGUAAUCUCUGUGUAUCACUCCCUCAGCCAUUCAUAUCCAUCUCGCCCUCUGCGUCGCCGUCCAUAUCCAUCUCUUCUUUGCCGGCAUUGGCUAGUUGCCUCAGGAAAUAUUCCGGCUCCUGGACUUCGGCAAGCAGAUCUUGACGUUCCCCUACUUCAUCUUCGCCCAUUGCGACAUGUGUCAUCCGAAUCACUUCCCAUUUAUCGGCGUACGAGUCAUAAGGCUGUGAUGAUAAGUGAGAUCAAGAACCACACCGACGAAACAGAACACCAGACGUUGACGCGUUUUUUCUUCAAGACCAUCUUCCGCUCGAUUCCUUUGAAGUAAGCACCGGGCUGUCGAUGAUUGGCAGAGAUGCCGUCCGAGAUGUCAUUUUCGCCCCCAUCCUCGAGAACAAGCAGGAAUUCGUUUGGAACCUCCUGUUCGACUUUCACAGUCUCAUAGUCGCGCACAAAUGAGAAGAUUGUUUCCUGGAUUUGGGGUUGAAUUCGUCACGAUGCCUGCAUCAGCAGUUUCGAGACGCACUUGACCGUCCGCAGGGACUUCAUAAGGCUCAUGCGUCCGUCUGGUCUCUUUGAGCCUCUCCGCCAUUUCAUCGUCCUGCGUGAGAUAAUAAGCGAGGAACGAGUCGUGUUCCGUCUUCAUCGGUCGUAAGAUCGCACAGUCUAGACGCGGGUCAUCCACGUCUGACGGCCUUUCUCCUGGACGUUCAGAAAACCUGAAAAGAUCAUAUUGGUUGGCCCAAAUGUCAUCGUCUGGUAGGACUUCGUAUGAAGCGACCGCCCGUACGCCUGGCUUGUUAGGAUGAACAAGAGAUUCCAGGUUGAACUGAUUGUUGGCUGCUGCAAAUGAGGCUUCGAUGGUCCUGAGCUGGGCUUCGGGAGAAACAUCUAUCACGGCGACGGGAAUAGCUUUUCUGUUAGGUUGACACGCGACGUGCUCUCUCUGGUGAUGUAUUCCGUCCGGCGAAGCCACGAAACAUGAGCGGGAAGAGAAUUCGAUGGGCCUGCGGACGAGUGGGCACUCCCGAAGGAAUGUGAUGGCGCUAUAUCGGCGAGUAGAGCUGCGUCUUCAGGAUCCAGAGAGGGAAGGUCAUUCGGAUCGGGAUUGAGCUCUGAACUAAUAAGGUCGAAGUAUGUUGCGAAUCUGGCCCGACGCACCCGCGUUCAGCUUCACCCAAUGACCCUGGAUCUCACUUUUGCUCUCUCCGUCCCUAGGUGGCUCUAGCCACAGGCUUUCCCACUUGCCGAGGUCCAGCGGCAUCCCACACUCUGCAUCAACAAUCAUUGGAAGCGGUAUAUCUUGAGCCAAAGCGUCAAGGAAUUCAGGUCGAGAAUAUCGUGUGGGAUUGGUCGGGAUAUCCAAAAGCUUUGGGGGACACGGAGGUGCUGGAAGGGGGUUGGCAUAGCGAACCCGAACAAGAAGAUCAAGUUUGCUACUGCAGAGAAAUGAGAACCAGGGGGCAGGCCGAAGGCAAAAGCGCGUACUUCUUCUUGGAGGUCAUGGU